AUAUGCACAUUAUUACCACUUGCACAUGUUCAUAUGCCUGUUAUAUGUCCUAUAUUUGUAUGUCUAUUUAUACUCUAACCUUGUUUUAUAUUCUCACUGUAAUGUUCUGUGUGCACUUGUUUCUCCUGUCAUCACUUUGUGUACAUGAGAACGCUUGGCAAUAAAGCUCAUUAUGAUGCUGAUUCUUUACCCCCUUUUUAAGCUAAAAACAAGUAUUUGCCAAUGAGAGUCAAAACCCAUCUCAGGUGACAAAGUUCCACAAACCUCACGUCACUUCCUUCCUAAAGAGAGCGGACACAUCUCAGAAACACAGGCGCAUCGACCAUUAGUGUACCUGUAACGAGCAGAUGGUGGAGCGUUGUGCAUCAGGAAUGUUUGCGCAGCGUUUGUGUUCAGACUCAUUCUCGGUUUAUACAGUGAUAGUUCACCACUUGUCAAAACACUUGGAGUACGAACUCUAGCGCCGAGUCUGAAGAAAGGGACUGACAUUUUUCAUUUUCCUCUUGUUCGGUCGGGACCAUCCCUGCCGCCCUUUCUGUUGUAUCUAUUUCUAUUGCUCUUGUCAAAACACUUGGAGUACGAUCUCAACAAUAUAUGCUUUGGUGUCAUUUUUACGCAUUACCGGUGGAACUUUGGAGAGCGCACGGAGAUCCCGCAUGUUCACCAAGCAACCGGGAUGUUUUUACGCGACUUUAACAAUGACUCUUCUACUCCAUCGGUGAUCCCAGGCUUUCUCUUGGUUCUAUAGCUCUAUUUGGGAAAGACAUGAACUCUGGAUAUGGGUCUGUGUCUGGGCUCAGAGGUGAAGGAGGAAGACAAGAAGGCGAAGAUCCUCAGCGCACAGAUAGACAGAGAUCUCUAUGAAAACGCAAAGCGCGAGAUGAACGUGGUGAAGAUACUCAUGCUGGGUGCUGCAGAAAGUGGGAAGAGUACACUGGUCAAACAGAUGAAGAUAAUUCACAGUCAUGGUUUCACCAAACAAGAGCUGGCCAGCUUUAAGCCUGCAGUGUUGGAUAACCUCAUGACCUCCAUGAAGUUUGUCCUACAUGGAAUGGGCGUCCUUAGAAUCAACCUUUCCAACAGCAAGAACAAGGUCCACGCCCACUCUGUGCUCUCGUGUGGCCGUUGCUUUGAUGAAGACCAGGUGCUGUUCCCGUUUAUUGGCCACGCUCUCUGUUGUUUGUGGGCGGAUCAGGGGGUGCGGUCUGCAGCAGCACGCGGAUAUGAAUACGAACUCAAUGACUCUGCAUUAUAUUUUUUCGAGAAUAUAGGUCGGAUCAUUGCCCCUGACUACAUGCCAACAGAGACGGAUGUUUUGAGAGUCCGAUUGAGGACUACAGGUGUGAUCGAGACUCAGUUCAAAGUGAAACACCUGGUCUUCAGAAUGUAUGAUGUUGGGGGUCAGAGGACGGAGAGAAGGAAGUGGAUCAGUUGUUUUGAAGAUGUAAGGGCCGUGUUGUUCGUGGUGUCUCUGAGUGGGUACGACAUGACGCUAGUGGAAGAUCCAUCCAUGAAUCGACUGAAGGAGAGCCUCAAGCUGUUCUCAUCAAUCUGCAAUAAUGUCUUCUUCAGAUGUACCUCUAUGAUCUUAUUCAUGAACAAGAUUGAUCUUUUCCAAGAGAAAAUUCUCCACUCCGGGAGGCAUUUGCGGCACUACCUUCCCCAGUUCAGAGAGUACUGGGAAAGGAGGCGGCGAGAACCGGCUUGACAAUAUAAAUAAUAAUUGAAUGAUUGACUUGAAGCAAAAGUCAUACAACACAAACGCAUACAGGGCAGCUGCCUGUAGCUCUCUCUCUCUGCCGAACUGCCACCUCCGGCCGCCUUUAUCCCUCUCGUUCGGCCUGAUUAGAGGCUGGGCGUGCGUCAUCACGGCCCGGCCCCGCCCUCCUCCUUGCACCCCCACCCUGGUUGGUAGGGAGCCUUUUUGCUUUUGUUUGUUGUCUUGAUUGUACAUUUCUCUUUUUGUUCUCUUUUAUUCAUUUUCUAAUUCUCUUUUGUUGUUUUUUGUUCAUCAUAAUUUUUUGUUUCUUCUUUCAUUUGUUCAUUAUUUCAUUUUUUGUUUAUUCAUAUAUGUUUUUGGCUUUGUUCUAUUUAUUUUUCUUUCUUGCUUGCUUUUGUUUUUUAGUCCAUUUGUUUGUUCUCUAGCUUUCGUUCAUUUGUUUGUUUGUUGUCUUUGGUUUGUUAGUUUUCUGGUUGUUCUCACUUGUUUGCACAUUCUUUUGUUAGUACACAUUUGUUCAUUUGUUUAUUCUUUUGUUUGUUGUCUUUGGUUUGUUCACUCUUUUUUGUUUGUAGCUUGUUUGUUCCUUUCAUUUAUUUUGUUCAUCCUUUUUCUUUUUCAUUCUUUCAUGUUGUUUGUUCUAUUUUUAUUGUCUAUUGUUUAUUUCUAUUGUUUUUUUUUUGUUGUUGUUGCUUUGGUUUGUAAUUUUUUUAACUUUUUUGUACAUUUGUUGCUUUUGUUUGUUUGCCUCUUUCUUUUGUUCAUUUUCAUUCAUUUAGUCCUUUUAGAUUUAUUGUCUUUAAUUUUUUGUUUGUUCAUUCUCGUUCUUUCUAUUCUUUUCUUUCUAACGGAAGCUCAGUCCUUCCAUUAAGAGUCGAUUUGGGUUUGUAGUUUGGUUGUCUAAUCAGCCGGAAUGGAUCCUGUAGUUUUUUCCUUGUAAAGAAAAGGUCAAGACAGAUGAGGUUGGAAAUUUCUCGCAUGAGAAUGUCUUCAUGAUCCCCCCUGACUGUAUAUGACAAACUUAAUCCCAUCUGGAUAGGAGAUUUCAAAAAACCCCUUCCACCCAGAACCUUUUCACAAAUAUAUUUCACCCAAUAACUCAAAUGCAUAGAUCAUGCAAAUAUCAAUUUAGCAUCAAAGUCUUCCAGAUUGAUUCGGUUCAUCAGACCCAGUGUUUUUGAGCAGAUCUUCUCAGAUAUGCAUAGACUCACUCGCUUCAUUUUUUCCUGCUUUAAAAUGGGGGUAAAAAAACGAUUAUUUCUUACUUCAGUCCGUUCCCUAGUGGAAAAACCAGGUAGCUGUGUUUUGGAAGAUGGUAGCCGUCAUGAGCUGGUCCAAGCUGGUCGAACAGCUACCAUCUUCCAAAAACCAGCUUGUACCAGCUCAUGAACAGCUUGGACCAGCUCAUGACCUGCUUGGACCAGCUCAUGACCAGCUUGGACCAGCUAAUGAACAGCUUGGACCAGCUAAUGAACAGCUUGGACCAGCUAAUGAACAGCUUGGACCAGCUCAUGACCUGCUUGGACCAGCUCAUGACCAGCUUGGACCAGUUUGGACCAGCUCAUGACCCACUUCAGCCAGUUUAUAACCAGCUUAAUCCAGCUACCAUAUUCCAAAAACCAGCUUGGACCAGCUCAUGAACAGCUUGGACCAGCUCACAAACUGCUUGGACCAGCUCAUGACCAGCUUGGACCAGCUCAUGACCCACGUCAGCCAGUUUAUAACCAGCUUAAACCAGCUACCAUAUUCCAAAACACAGCUACCAGCUUAAGCUCUCAGAUGUGUGGGAUACAGUGGGUUUUCGGUUUAAUUAUUAGAUUAACAUUAAGUUUUUUUUUUUGUUUGUUUUUUGUUUUUUUAACUGCUUUGCCGUUUUGUUUUUCGAACAGUCUGACAUCGAAGACAUAUUAUUUUUUAACCUCCCUCUGUCUGUAUUUUUAGGAGCAGAUUGCGAUGUGGACGCGGCCGCCCGGUUCAUCGCCACCAUGUUCGUGUCCCUCAAUGCCACGCCCAGAAAGCUCAUUUACCACCACUUCACCACAGCAACAGACACCUCCAACGUACAGGUUGUUUUCCAGGU